AUGCCGAGCCGGAUCGAGGACCCGAUCCUAGCCUACUAUGCCGAGUCGGAGGUGAACCAGGUGCAGUGGUCGAAAACGCAGCCGGACUGGGUGGCCAUCUGCUUCGACAAGAAGCUGCAGAUACUGCGACCAAAUUUGAACCAUCACUAA